GAAUGUCUGUUGCUUAAGCAAUUAUAUUUGGGUCAGUGUUCUGGCGAAUGGGAAAAACUCAAACCUCUAUACAAGACAGGAUGGGGCUUCUCCAGGUGGCUGCCAUAAACACAGCAAUGGCUGCACUGACGAAAACAGUGGGGCCGUGGGGGUUUUCCCGAAAGAACGAGCUAUAGUUGACAGGGAACGAGCUAAAGGUUCCUAUGCACUAGGACCAUAUCUCUCAUCUAAGUUAUUAGCCGAGAUUCCUAUUGGAGCAGCGUUUCCAUUGAUAUUUGGAUCCAUCCUCUAUCCAAUGGCUAAACUUCAUCCUACAAUUUCUAGAUUUGCCAAGUUCUGUGGCAUUGUGACUGUUGAAUCAUUUGCCGCAUCGGCCAUGGGUCUUACUGUUGGAGCAAUCGCUCCUACAACUGAAGCUGCGAUGGCUCUUGGGCCGUCCCUUAUGACGGUAUUCAUUGUCUUUGGAGGGUACUAUGUUAACGCUGAUAAUACCCCCGUCAUAUUUCGCUGGAUCCCAAAAGCAUCUCUGAUCAGAUGGGCCUUUCAAGGACUUAGCAUCAAUGAGUUCAAGGGUCUGCAGUUUGAGCAGCAACAUUCUUACGACAUUCAGACUGGUGAACAGGCCCUAGAGAGAUUUUCAUUGGGAGGAAUUCGCAUCGCCGACACGCUAGCCGCGCAGGGCAGGAUCCUGCUGUUCUGGUACUGGCUGACGUACCUUCUCCUGAAGAAAAACAGACCGAGGUACCAGCAGCUCCUGCCACCCUCCGAGGAAGAUCAAAAUAAGCAGCAGGCGGAGUAGCGCGUCGCUGCCUACAGCUAGCUCCUAAUCUUUGUAGUAUCGUAUUUAGUCUGGACGCAUCAUCGCCCGUUGUUUGUAGUCCAUUUAUUUUGCUGCCUAUGUGGCACCGUCUUACGCAUGCCUCUUUUUGAACCACGAAUGGAGAAGAGUAAAAUUGGGAAUAAAAUUAU